AUGGCUAGUGAAAGUGCCGACGAUAUUAACGUUGGUGUUGCCCUCAGCACUGCUCUUCUCCUUCCGAAGGAUUUGAACCGAAAUGCUGAGCUUAGUGAGUAUGAGAAUUACGCUCUCAUGCUCCAACACUCCGUUCAGAGGGAAGCAUCUUCCAUGAUGAAAGAGAUCAAAUCUCUUGAGUCAAGGAUGAAAAAAUUGGAAGAUCAGGCCGAAGCGGCUACUAAGGCCCAAACUUUAGCUCUUGAGAAGGCCGAAUCCGCUGAGGCCGUUAAAAAAGUUGCUGAGGCUGAGAAAAGAGAGGCCGAGGCUAAGAAGGCCCAAGCGGAGAAAGAGCUCCAGCAAGCUCUGGCUACCAAAGAGGCCGAAGUCAAAGAGGCCGAUGAAAAGGCCUAUGCCCAGGGAUGGCCGACGUCGUAG